AUGAGUAGACAGAUCAGGCUGAUCAGGCCGAUCAAGCUGAUCGAAUUGAUCGAGUUGAUCGGUCCUCGUCCGGAAACUGAAACCUACACACCUCCAGUGGCGGUGCGGGUCUCCAUCAGCAGCCCACCCCGAUCAUCCUGGUUGUUAUUGGGCGGGCACGAAGGUACGAUGCCCGACGAGAAUAGUGCGAGUGAUUCGGAGAGGGAAGAAGGGCUGAGGAAGACCGUUUAUUCCUGCUGCCUGCUCCACGCCGCGUCAACGGGCUCCAUUUACGUUUAUACCUCGUAUUUUCGUAUACUCAAAGUGGUGACGGGCGGUAUGGGACCUGAUACCCUGCCCGGGUCGAGACUACGACACCAAAAACAAGCCCACCAGGAAGCAGUGAAUCACAUCGACCGGGGAAAAUAUUUGAACAGGUCUCUCGAUCCAGGAGACAACCCAGUCGACCACGGUGGAGUCCAGGCUCAGAAGCAAACCACAGCCCAGGCAACAAGAGCCGGGGUCGAAUCGAUACAUCCACCCGUCACAAACAAUCAGACAGCCAGCCACGGCCAAACGCCCACCGACUUUGCAGCGUCCAAAUUACCCGGUCGCCAUUCUAGCCGCUAG